GCAAAGCUUUGCAUUCAUCAGCAAAAUGACUCAAUGUUUCUUGAUUACUGCUGCUGUUUUUAUGAUAGCGUUCUUUUACCGCCUGUCAUUGCGUCUUCAAUGACGUUACUUUAUGACGUUACAUUAACGUUGAAGUAACGAUAGCUAGAUAACUAGCCAUCGUUAGCUACCUAGCUAGUUGGUCGACAUAAUAGGAUAUGUGUCCCGUCGGCUAAGAUGCUGGUGUAAAACAUGUGAAAUGAUUUAAAAGAUCAGUGCUUUUUCAGGUUCAUUUCGUACCGGCUGAGGUAAAACACAAGCAGAGUUCAAUGAAGCAAAGUUGUAGACUCCUCAGCAAAAUAACUGAGUUUGAGAUGGGGUAGAAUAAAAUGAUUUAAAUGUCGAACAGAAACACUGUGAGAGUGAAUUUAUACAAUAAUCUGCUUGUGACAGUAACUUCUUGUUCUGUCAUACAUGCCACGCCCUCUUCUGGUCUUCGACAUGGGUUAAGCCUACGCCUCGUGCCGGAGAAUUGAUUUGCGUCAUUGGAUUAUUUCAUCACCCUCUGGUGCUUUUGAAUAUGGCUUGUUUUUGCUCUUCAUGUGAGGCGAUUAUGGUGCCUGGAGACACCCAUGACAAGUGCUGCACUUUUCAAUUCUGUUCUGCUCUUGAUUCAUGCGCGGCUUACGUCAACCUCCCGUCAGGAGAGCAGCGCGUCAGAGAGGCCGUCCUUCCGUGGGUCAGAGAACUGGUCGGGCAGACCAGUGAACCCAAACCGGUCCGUCGAGGGUGAAGGGGAGGGCAUCGUCUUAACCCAUGAAACUGUGGGAACAAUAUGAUGAGUCGGUCUUCAUGAAAGAAGGCACAGCCCUUCUGUUUCAGUGGACAGUGGCCAAUGUCAGACAACAAGGAGGACGCGGACCCUCAAGAGAAAGAGAAAACACUUUGUGGUCUGUCGAUGAGCUCAGAGCAAAGACAAGGAUACGCCCAGUCACGGUCUGCCCCAAGAUGCAGGACCUCUGGGACCAUUCUACUGGGGAUAUGGAGGCCCCAGCUUCUAUCAAGACUAGCGGAUGUGUACAAGCCGAACGCCAAAGUGGCGGGAGUCAACUUUAUUCGGCGCCUCUCAGGCAUUGUGCUUGUCACCAACCACCUCCCCGUGGUCUAUGGGGAAGCAGGCGCUCCCGGACGAACAUUCCUGGUUUACGUCCCUUAUCUGCUCUCGUACAAGCUAAUAAUCUCUCCUUGUUAGUGGGCUCGAUGGACAGGAACCUUUGUGACAAGGAAUCGUUGUCCGCUGAUGAGAUCCACAUGGCCCAGGUCGCUAUGGCUGCUUUGCUGCUUCAUAGUGCCGGCCUUCAUGAGAGACAGAGGAAAUGGAUGUACACUUUUACAAGUGGUGGCGUGGAACAUGUGGUUGGGCCUUACAGGACUAGGGAACAGUGAGAGACAGGUCCUCUGGAGUACCCAUAACAGAAGAUUCACUGUACGGUGAGGGUAACACCAAACAUGGGGAAAGAUUCAAAGGUUCGAGGAAGACUUUGGGACAGUUGUCUGGCAUGUUGGGCCUGAUGCGCCGGAGCCGCGAACCUCCCCCCUUCAAGUGAGAUGGUUUGUGUGUUACAGUGGUCAGUCCACUGGGAGGGUGGUGACCACACAAUGUUUGGCUCAUUGGAUCAGUGGAGUUAUCUCCAGAACGUAUGAGGCCUCAGCAGAUGAGCCCCCUGACAGGUUGACGGCCCAUUCACCCAGGGCGAUCUCUUUGUCACAGCCUUGUUUAGAGGUGUGUCCACGGCGGACAUUUGUGAAGCUGCAUCUUGGUCUUCAGCUUCUACUUUUGCUUGAGCUUAUAUCAGAGAUAUGGCGUUCCUACAGACAGUCUCGGGUCCACCCUGAGAUGGAUCGGGCUGGUUCUUCUAUCGAAGGGUUCUGAAUCCGGUUGGUUCUUUGGUUGAGGGCCAUUCUGGAAAGGAACACAUCUUGAUGGUCUUCGCUGUGGUUUCAAUGGAUAUUGAAGCCUGUUAGAAGGCGUAGCACGUAUGACAUUGACAUGACCUGAAUGUAACUUCAGUUUUGUGAAUAUGUGAUUAGCCAGUCCGCCCAGCAGGCCCUGUUCUUUCUCUGAGUUUCUAAAGGGAGACCAGCAGUGGGGACCAGGGGGUUUUGUUGGGAGAGGUGGAGCCUACCUGGAUGGAGAGUGAAGCGAAUCAAUUCUCAGGCACAAGGUGGAGCCUCAGAGUGGAUUAACCAACAGCGAAGCCCGUUGACUGUUAACGCAGAAAUGUUGAUUAUUUCCAGCUUCUCUUCUGUAGAAACUAUCUACCCUGAAAAAUAGAAAGCCAAAGCCGUAGUCAUUCCAAGGUAAAUAAUAAUUACCAAUAACUGUAUGUUCAUCUAAUUUGUGUUAAGUGUUUGUGUUGUGCUCGCAGCCAUGAAUGCUAAGUGUUGCUGGUGUCACAUUUGUGGAAAGGAGUUGGAGAACGCCAUACCGGAUCACCUUGAGGUUAGGAUAAGAUCAGGGAGCACAGCUCCGCUAUUAGAGGAGGCAGAAGUACCGUACAUCAUAAAACAACUUCUGCCUGAAGGCCACAGCCAUGCCCUAUGUCAUUACGCACCACUGGAGAGAGGUUUCACCGCCUUCAUAAAGCUCCAACUGAGCACCAGAGAAGAAGCGGAGACAUGGUUGGAGGACUUCCAAAGGUCCUCAGGAGUGACACUAAGAGUUGAAAAAACCUAUCCUGUUACUGAGGAUACAACACGACGCAAUGGCUACAGAGUUGACAUGAAAUGCCAACACAGCACCAAGCAGAUGGGAUCCGGUGAGAGGAACACACAGUGUCCUGCUGGGCUCUACCUGGUGUUAAAGAAAAGCAGGCACAGUCAGAACAGGAAGUCCAGAUCCAGUGAUGCUCAUAUUCAACAGGGUUUUUUGCUGCACGUCACCAUAAAACAUCACCACAACCACCAGCUUGCCAGUGCCAAGGACUUACCGCUGCAGGAUGUGGCCAGAGAGAAACAGGGGGAAGUCUUACAGACUCGUUCUGAGAUGACGCCUCCUCAGCUCCAAAGUGAGCAGCUUGAAGGUCGACUCAGAUCCAUGUUUGAGGGCCUCAUGGACAAGCUGAAAAAAGACAAGACUUUCCAAGCCCCAAUUGAAUCCUUUGUGUCAAACUACGAACGAAUCCACUCUGACAGCAGCCUCAUUCCAGCACUGUGCGCAUUUGGUGAGACCAGGAGUGCAGCUGCGCGUCACAACAAAAUGCUGCCAAGAAAGGUUCUGCAAAUGAGCACGGAAACAGGUGUGCAGCCCACAGCUAUUGCUUGCCGAAAGACUCUGCUGGAGGGCAGACCAUCCCUCAUCUCUGGUAGACCUCCAAAAAGAGCCUGGAGGGAGCAGAGCAAUGGGAAGGUUGAAGAGAGGAGCGGUGCACCACACUCCCGUGGCCAGUGUGUCUCCGUAGGUCAACAUAGCGACUACAAAAUACAUUUUUUCAAAUAAAGUUCUAUUUUACCAUGUCUAUGGUUUAAAAUCUACCUUCUUACACAAUUCUGGUAUCUAGUAGCUCUGCACAGCAAGUUAACAAGUUGGAGCACAAUACUUAGUCACACACACACACACACACACACCAACAACUACCCAUUCUAUCUCUUGCCAUAAUAUAUUAUGUAUAUUGUGUAUAUUUAUGAUUAUUUAUUUACAUCCCUUUUUUCCCCCUUUAAUAACGUCUUUAUGUUAUCCUGGAAAAGGUAAUGUAGUUUUGAAAGGGAGUAUUCUACUCAGUAUUCUAAAGGUCAACCCAGUUAUGACAGUGAAGUCUAAUGAUGGAGACUUUUAUGUGUCUCAUUCUCGUGUGUUCUUGUGAUUUAUCAUCUCGCUGCGUUACUCUGCAUUUAUAUGAGGAUUGUGUGGGUGAGGGUGGAUGAUGGGAAAUUUUAUUGAAGAUUUUAUUGAGAUUUUACGGUCCAGAACAAGACUUAUUCAGUGAAAUCAGUAAUAUUUCAGUCAUAUUGUGGUGUCAAGAGGCCCGUGUACACUUCCUCUAUUGUACGCUAAUGGAAAUGGGUGAUCGGCCACACCAUUAUCAUUCAACAGGUUGAUUAAAUAAUACGCAGUUAAUCAGAGGGAAUUAAGGAUGGAACAUCGAAGUGAGCAGUGAAGUAACAUUAACAAAAUAAACAGCAAUUUGCCUUGGCGCAUGCGCAUUUUGCAAAACGGAAGUCAGCGUCUCCAUGGGUAACGGUCAACAAGAGCGUAAAUCUGUCGCUAUACUUAUGAUGAAAAAAAAACCCUUCUUUGAAGUUGGUCAAAGGAGAGGCAUCUAAUAGUUUUCUAUCAAUCACCCGCUUCUCUGAAAUGCAAGCAUUAACUAAACAAGCUAUAUGUCGAUGAAAUGUUUAAUGCCCGAGCACUUGGCUAGUUUCAAAUAGCAUGCUAACUGGAAUCAUAAGAUGUAAAAGCUGUUCGUUAACAUGAAAAGUCAGGACUUCGAAACUCUCGCUUACACGGAGAGUCCGAAAACAGCGAAACGGACAACAUUCCAGGAUGAACUCCAGGCUGCUGUGUCCGCCAGAAUAAAGAGAGCUGACAAUAAUUCAUAUCCGGAUGACUUCGAGAAUGAGGAGGAGGAGGACGAGUUUUUAAAUGAGCUGCUCCAGUCAAGGAAGCAUCGGUCAGAUGCAUUUAAAGCAUCAAGAAACAGACCCCAAAUCAAUGACUUUGAUUUAUCAGAUGAUGAAGAGAAGCACGAGAAACCAAAACGAGUGUCCUUCCUCAAAACUGCAAGAAACAAGUCACCUACCCCAGACACAGAACUACUGGAGCCGUGUGAUUCUGCGGGCUUGCCCGUCGCUGGACAUAACAGCCUCAACUGUGAUUUCAAACCACACUCAGAAAAUGCCAGUGGAGAUGGAAAACAAAUUGGAAGUGAUCGGUUGGAGUCUAACAGCCCAGAAUAUCGGAGGUCAUUGAAAUCUGAGAGUGAAGUGGAUGAGGCAGUAGAAACAAAUCAUGAAGAAAGGCCACCCACUUGUGAUAAUGAACAAAUUUCUUCAGAGGGUCUGAGCUUGGCGCCGCCAAGGCCCAAACCACGACAGAGAACUCUGGUCGAUAACCAGCAUGCUGCAGAGAAAACAUUCGAUAUACUGGAGUCUCAGGACUCUAGCAGACCGCAGACGUCCACUGAAUCCCCUGAUGCAUCGAGCACCGUGCCUCAAAUCUCGUCUCCUGACAGGAUCACUGCCAGAAGCUGCAGCCCUCACUGGACAGAUGAGGAAUCCGCGUCAGAUACAAGCACAGCGUCUCAACAAAUGAACUGUCCAAGAGUUGAUCCUGAUUUAUGCCAAGAAGGAUCAACUCUUGAAGGGAGCAAGGUGCAAAGGAACAAUUCAUUUGAAGUGACCAUGAAUCAAUCCUCUGGAAAUGUCACAUUUGAUCUUGGAAAAUGUCGUAGAAGUGUGCGGCCACAAUCCUCUCAUAAGUUCAGCAGCAUUGAAUCCAAGUAUUUGGGUUCUCUCAAAGUUUUGGACUUAAAGGUACCAGAGGAUUGUCCUCCACAAGAAGCGGAUUCCCUGAGGGCAACUAUUUAUCAGGAGUGGCUCCGGAAGAAAGAGGAGAAGUCCAAGGAAAGUUUGGAGUUAAUGAGGAAGGAGAGGAUUCUGAGGCAGGAAAAGAAGAAGGAAGAGGAAUCGAAAAGAGCGGAAGCCACUGCCUCUUAUGAGGCCUGGAAGCAAAAGAAAGCAGAGAGUCUCAAAGCCAGGUUCAGAGAGAAGCAAUCUUUGAUCCAAGAAGAACAAAAAAAAUUGGAAGAAAAUGAAAAGAAAAAGAGUUCUGCGAAACAGAUGUUUGAACGAUGGAAGGCGGAACGAGAUAAUAUCCUCAGAGAAAAGCACAGAAAGCAAAAAGAAGCAGAGAGAAAAUGCCAGCUGAAGAAACAGGAAGAAGAGGAGGAAAGGAUGAGGAACAGCAAAUCUGCUUUUUCUAGCUGGUAUGAAAAGAAGAAACAUGUCAUCCACCAACGGGUGGCGACAGAACGCAAGCAAGGCAGGAACCAAGCAGAGGAGGAUCGCUACAUGAAAGAGGAGCGCGAUAAAAACGCUAUAGAGAUGUACGAGCAGUGGCUGGCCAGGAAAGACUUGGAGCAAAGAAGAAGAAAACAUGAGCGACAUAUCAGAGAGAUAUUGCAGGACAGUCCUCCUCCACCCUGGAGCCCUCCAAACAAGACCACAUCAACAAGAUAGCAACUAGUGUGUCUCGUAUAAAAUCCAGUUUCAAUUGUUAUUUAUGAUUUUAGGAUUGAGGGUUGACAAGAUGUGUGCAGGUGAGGGGGUACCUAUUGCUGAAUACUGGUUCUAGGAAGUACAAGAGGAAGAGUGCAACUUUCAUCUGGAUUUCCAACAAAGGGCUAAGAAAUGAGUGUGUCCCCCACACACUUCUGUUUGUGCUUCUGUUUUAUGUGCCUGUGUGUGGGGAUGUAGUUUGUCAACUGUAAGUCUGAGACUAUUGAUCUCUCAGGGAUAUGAUCUGAUGCCUUUUGUGCUGUAGAAAAAUCCAAAGUCCCGGUUUGAUCGAAUGUGUUGUUUACUUAGGGACGGGCGUUAGUCAGCAAUGUGUUUUUUGGGAGGUUGUAUGCCGGUUGUAUGUGCACCCUGAGAUGCAUUCAAUUACAGUCUCAAAACAAGCAUACGAAGGUGGUUGCAAUUGAAUUGAGGUUGCUUGUGUUUGUUGCGUAAUUGGGAUGUGGCACUGUAGUUCAUCUACAAAUCCUUCUGGUUCCACGCAUUCAAUUGCAGACCAGGAGAGCCAGCAACAAAACAAAAACAGCUAAACAAAACACAGUAAAGGGCAACCUGAGCUUAGUAGAAGUAUAAGUACUUUGAUGCUGGAAACUCAGUGAUUCUAUGAGUAGUUCAAUUCUGAUCAGCUAAGCUUAUUGUUUAAAAACAAAGCUCUGUGAGAUGAAAAGCUAAGCUUUGGUCUCUACACUCAUCGGCCUCAUCGGUGUUGUGUUCUGACUGAAAGAAGGUGAGUUGCUGUGAGUUAACUAAAGGGAAAAUUGACCGCAGAACUCAAAUGACGGAGUUCAGCUGCACUCUGAGGAAUAUCUUGGAAAUGGAAUUCACUAUUGUGGGUCAACACAUGUGACCUGUGCCAGCAAACUACAUUUGUUAAGUCUUUCGUGUGACAUUGAUUUAUUUUUGUACUGUUUUGUAUAUUCCUAUAUAUUUGUAGUAAAUCUGCAAAUAGAUAUACAAAUGCAUAACUAAUAAAGUCAU